GUUUUCUUUUCUCUCCUAUUCAGACAUCAGCAUCCUGCUAGACCGUUCCCGUUUAAGCCAAACGUAAAAACAUAGCACACAAACCACCAAUAGGAAAUUAUCUCAUACACAUCCUACCAUGGCUGACCCUUCCCUCGAAGUGUGCCCAGAUUUCGCUGGAGACCUAUACGCGGCUAUCCGUACAGACCUAGUUAACGCAACUGGCACCACACACGAAGCAGUGGCCGAACGGCUGAGAGACGCCUGGACAACAGGCCACGAGGCGAGGAUCCUCGAAUGGAACCGCCAAAGAGAAGAAGAAGCCCAAGCAGAAGCAGAGAUCGAACAAGCGCGUGCAGUCCGCGAAGAAGAAGAACGCAUAGCAAGAGAAGCAGAAGCCGAGAAGGACCGCUUCGACGCGGAAAAGAAGAAACCUAAGAUGAACGGUUUCAACGCGACCGUCACGGUCGGAGACGCCAUUGCCCCUCGUCCUUCGCAAUACGCCAUUCAAAAACUGAACAACUUCGAGUACGUAGAGUUAUGGUAUUUUUCCCCAGAUGGAUGCAAGGAGGCCAUGAAAACAUCGCGCUCCAUCGCAGACGACACGUUCAGCUUAGCGAAGCUCGACGACCAGUUAACCAUCCGCCCAGCUUCAGCCUUCAAGGCAUCCAGAUCGGCACUCCCAGACCACGAACUUCCAUUUUCCAUCUUCCUCAGAGCAAAAAACCUGUUCCUAAUGCAAGCUAACGCGGCUAAGUGGCCUCAGACGCACCUAGACGCCCUCGCCCUAUUUUUCUGGCAUUUGGAGAAUCACUCCAUCCGAAACAACAGCGAGCUCGGAGACCUUGUAAUUCUACAUUACGCAUCGCGGGUACGCCUAGACUGGCACGACCGCCUCAAGCGUGACGAAGGAUUCAACAUCGGUAUCAUCAACGAGAGCCUGUUACGGUCCAUCAACGAAGAAAUAUGGGACAGAGUGCGAUCCAGAACGCUGACGGCGUCGAACAACGCUGAACAAACGUCAGCUCAGCAACAACAUCGGAAGACGAGCUAUAGAGACUCGUCUGAUCCCAAACGUCGACCUUCCCGCUCGCGUUCCCCAAGCCAGACAGACAAUCACAAGAAAGCAGACGGAUUCCCAACGCCAGACAAAGGCAAGAACCGGGAGCAACGCAACAAGGGUUUUUCCCGCGGCGCAGGCUCACGCGGCCGAUCCGCCUGCGCCAUCUGUUUGGGCCACUUCGCGCACAACAUCCAACAAUGCGACUCAAGCAACCUCUGGGACAAAACCACGCCAGCCCACUCCUGCCGUACACAAGACGGCCGCAUCAUCAGCACCAACGGUUUGCCCCUCUGUUACAGAUGGCAAAGACCCGGCGGAUGCACAGCGGAGAACCACGAUUCCGCCCACAUUUGUUCUGGAUGCGGAAAAAAGGACCAUGGAGCCCAGACUUGUCCUCGAGGCGAGAAAGCUUAGAGCGCACACGCCGUAUCACCCGAAGGCAUGGCGUCAAGCACUGGAAGAGCUCAACCUCAGCAGCAGAUACCCACAUAUUCCAAGCUGCCUCGAGACAGGCUUCUCCGGAGGCAUCCCCACCAUCACGCAUACAUACACCCCUCCUAAUAACGUAUCCGUCAUUGUACAUGCAGAAGCUUUCCAAAACAUUGUUAACACUGAGUUUUCUAAAG